AUGGAAAGGCUUCAUGUAGAUUUUUAUUCGUGAAUCGAAUUUAAAAUUAGAUUUACAGAGAGGCCUUUGAUUUUAUAAUUAAUUCAUUCAAAUCUUACGCGCCUUUGCUUUCGUCCAUCAAGCAUGAAUACGAUGAGGUUCUCAACUACUACAGACUCCUUUCAAGAGACCUGCAGCCGACGAAGGUUUUAUUAGGACUUGUGUAUAUUUUUUCGUAGGAAUUAGUUUGGACAGUUGCUCAAGACUGCGAUGCAAAAAUAAAUGAGAUCCAACACUCGCAACUUCACGGUUUGUUUAUAUGUUAUUCAAAUCCGAAAAAAAACAGAUCUGAAUGUAUUAAGGCAACAGGUAAAGGACCUCGAAACAAAACUUUCUGUUAUGAAGGAGGAGAAAACAGAAUUGAAAUUUCUGGUAAGAUAUAAAUUUUUCGACAUACGUAUUUAUAUUUCUUGAAUGCUAUCUUUCUGAAUUUUAGUUUGCUAACGACAGUAAUGAAACUGAGUAUAUCACUGGGAUAAAACCAUCUCUCAAUAACAGCUGUUAUUGAGAGCUGGUUUUAUCCCAGUGAGCAUGCGUAUGUUGCAUGCAUAUAUAUUUGUGCUGAAGAGAAACGUUUAUCAGUUUAAUGGUAUCGGAGGUGACCGCUCUCUUUGAAUGUAGAGUGUAGUGUAUCAGUUUUGGCUAGCAGAGGUACAGUAGAGAACGUAAAACGAUAUCACGUGGCAUGAAUUUAAAUUGCAUCGCUUCUUCCUUAUCCUACCACCAGUUUAUCCACUUUUUAUGUGUCUACGGUAAAUUUUUCGGUAUCACGCAUCAAGGUGCCCGUCAAGUAAACCUACUUUACUUUUUUUACAAUACAUAUGAAGUGUUAUGUCGUGAGAUUUAGAGCGAUCGUUGCGAUCAUGGUAGCCUCUCGUAUCGUGUGCUCACGUCCCUUCUAUUUAUCGUGAGUUUAGUCAGCUGAGCAUUAUGCUGAGGAGGAGGAAUACCGAUGUUGGUAUCGUCCGGUUGCCGGUAUGUAACGGUAUAUUAAACUUGACUUGGCCCACAAAUAGUCAACCGCACAGUAUUCGACAUAAAAUAGUACGUCUCCGGAAAGAGUUUCUUUUUAAGGGCAAAGAGUUAGAAAAAUAAAUGGAGUUACUCAUAUUACACAUCUUAUUGUCUAUUCCAAGCCCACAGGAAAACCCUAUUAAUCUCAAAAACGUUAUGCUGUUAUUCCAUAAGUAGGCCCAAACUUGUACAUCAAUGACAAAAUACAUUAGGGGUUUAACACUUGGCAAAUUCCGGACACAUAACUGGAGAUGUCCAUUUAGACGAUAAAUAACGCGAACUUUUGAAAUAAUUUAACUAACGACCAAGGUCCUACCCUACAGUUCCAGUCUGGUCACUAACGGCUGGCAUUAUUUAAAAUCUUGAGGAAAACACUGACUUUUUGACUACGCAAUGCUUUUUGAAUAUGUCAUAGCGUAUUCAUUUUGUCUUCCUUUAAGGCGCAAAACGUACUGAAAGCUUCUGCAACAACUUCCAGCUGUUCAUUUGUAAUGCGCUUUAGGGGGUUAAAGGCGAGUUCAUCAUCGCUGUCUAGAAAUCGUCGAUUAUCCCCUUCAUUUUGUUUGGUUUUUUUAACAAAUAACAUUCUGUUUUGAUGAAACGUCAGGACAUAAUACGUGCAAGUGUACAUACGCUGAUGGGGACCUCGAGUCCAUACCCCGGCCUCACGGCUAUAGCCCAAUCAGCCCUCCUUUAAUUUAGUGUAUAAUUUUAAUAUAUUUUAGAUGGAAAAGCUAAAAAUUGAUAUGGCAAAACUGGAAGAACUUCGUAGAACGGAGGCAGACGGGAGAAAACUUGGCAUAAUUUCAAUAAACCAACUACAAAUGCAACUGGCUGAUAUGCGACACUCCUUCCAAGAAAGCAUGCGCACUAGCGAGUCUCAGGAUGACCCCGUGAAAAUGAAGAUAGCUUUACAGUACGUUAAACAAUUUGGAUAAUAAUGCUAGCAUCAAUAACUGACAUGGCCACACAUUCGAAAUGCGUGACUCAAAAGGUCACAACAGUUCAGCGUGAUCCCUUCUUCCAAGGUUUAUAUUCCCCGAAAGUGAAUCGUUUACGAGGUUCUCCGGUCUGCUGUUGUCGCCUUGAGUAAAACAGUAAAACAGUUGCGUUUGCGUUUCCAAAUGGUGCCUGUUUUAUGGGUUUUCUGUGAGGAAUAAAUUAAGUCAAUAGCUAGGCUGCUAGAACGGCGUCACACAUCUCACAUCAGGGUAACUGUCAUAAAGGGUCGGUUUUGGAGGAGACAUAGCAGCCUUCCUUUCGACCCCCCAGCCACUUCAGGAUACUCCCCGUCAACUAACAAACUCCCAAUCCACGACCUCUAGCGCGUUAGAUUUAUUACAAUGUGCGUCAGUGUGCCUGAACCUGUUAGCCAUCUUUUGAUGCUAGUGAAGUGUUCAUAUACUGAGAUACAACGUUUCGCUUACCAUUUUGGUGAUGAUAAGGAGGGUUUCACGUUUGCUGUUGAAGAUCUAUAUAGCGUUGUAGGAGCGGCGUGUAUGCGUGUGUUGUCGAGCAGAUCCAUACAUUGCAUAGAGAGGUUUAUGUGCAGCUUAUUCGAGGCAUGAUCAAGGGGACUUUACUAUGGUAUUUUACCGAGGACAUUCAAAGGGACGUCUAUAGUCAAACAGUCGCAAGCAGUAUGCGGUAGCAGUAUGAGCAGGCAAGGUAUAUGCGAGGGGUGCAUAUCAGGGCUUCAGACACCAGUUUGCGGUCUCAUUACGGUGGAUCCGCCAGCAACCGGCCAGCACGUGCAGACACAAAAGGGACGUGUUGGAUUUGCGUCAAAAUUUAUGGUGAAAGGGGCAACAGGGACAUUUCACUGGAUCAGGGAAUGUCUGACACGGCAUUUAGUGAGAAUAAGUUGGCGGGAGUUAGGUGCUACUUCAUGUGUCCGCAACAUUUCAAUCUUGCGAACUUCUUUAUCUUGACAGCUGCUAUCGUGUCGGCUUUGAAAAUGGCUGUUCUGGUCUUUACGACAAUGCAACAUGUCUGCCGAUCUUUACCAAUUUCCUUCCAUGUCUCCGGGUUUAUUUGUAAGAGCUUGGGAGAGAUCUUUAAGACGUUCUAGUGGUGAAGCCUCAAUGCACCUCGUCUGAAAGCAGCCGUAGUGACGUCGUAGAAUGGUCGCUUGGGCCGGUGUCCGUCAUUCAUUCGCAGGAUGUAACUGCUUCAUUCUCGACAGUAUCCGCCUCGGCACGACGUGGUUGCUGAGGACACUGGCUCUGCCCAGAAUGUCAGUUCACGACAGCCUUUUCUGUUACUUCACCUCCGCUAUUCUUCAACCGCUAUGCGACUGCCUGAGAAGACUCUAAGCUGAACUUCACAAGCUCUUUGCCCUGUCGUUUACGACUGAGAAUAUUAAGGAUACUGCAAAUGCGUCUACUGAGCCGGUUACGGAGCGUGCUCGUCCAGUUACGGAUUGAGGUUCAAUCUAGUGCCCUCGCAGGCAGCCAUAUAUGCAAAGAACGUGUUACAGAAAAAUCCGAGGCAGACGGGGAUGACAGAUUCUGGCCUGUUAGCUGUCAUCGGAUUUGCUGAACGUGAGGUUAAAACUCGGGUUCCUCGGUCAUUGGGCAUUAGUUAGUCCAGUGUUCUACCAUUGUGCACGGACCCGCUGUCCUGUCUUGUUCCAAGAAUAAGCAUAUUCACUCGUCUUUGUUUGAUUUUUUGCUAACUUCGGAAAACACUCUCCUUCUGCUUACGUUAAUACCGUCACUUUAAGGAAAGCCAAGGAAGCCCACACGUUUCUGUUGACAAAACUCACCCAAAUGGAGACGGACUAUGUGGAUGUUGUGCCGCGAAAACAGUUUGAAGAGGCAUCAGAAAAGAUGAAAAUAAUGGGCGAGGACUUGGAGGUCUUAAGCAAGCACUGCAAGGCACUGCAGUCAACCUUAGAGUAAGUUUGCCUCUUUUUGUUCAUUUCAAUCCUGCCAGACUCAGUUCUCUUUUAGUUUGUUUUUAUGCAAAUCUGACCUAGCGUUGUCUGCAGAAGGAUAUGGGAUGUUUUAGACUAUUUCCAGAUGUGACAGGGUGUGAACAGUGGGACUUCCUCGUCCGCCCAGGAUGGGGAACAAGACUCAGGAAUCAAGCAAAGAUGCGAAUCCCAGGAAUUAGUUGAUAAGAAGAAGAAGAAGAAGAAGAAGAAGAAGAAGAAGAAGCGAUCACUGGAACAAAAGCUUUAUCCGCCUGACGUUUUGGAUUCUUGCUCGAGCCCAUCACCAGGGACAGUAACAGACCCGUAUCUGUCACUGUCUCUGAUGAUGGGUUCGAGGGAGAAUCCGAAACUUCAGACGAAUAAAGCUCUUGUUCCGGCGAUGGCUUCUACUUCUUGUCGGCCAGAAAUCAGUUGCAUAUAUUCCCGUAAAAGGCUAAACGUUAAUUUUACCGAAAAUGUGUUUUGAACUACUACGUAUUGACUGACACCGAAUUAAAUGGACGGGCAUGGUAGACUAUAAUCCUCCCACGGCGCCUAGUCAAUUUAAUUUGGUCAACAUUGUUUGCAUAUCAACGGCCAGACGGAACACUAUCUUGGAGAGUUAUUGAAAGAGGCGCCACCGUACAUUCCACGUUCCAUAUGCUAGUCAUUUUGUCGGUGGGGUGAGGAAUUUUCACCAUCUCUUUAACAUGUAAUUUUUGGCUUUUAUGCUCGACUGCGAGCCGAUUGAGGGACACGCUGGAAGGUCCACAGUUCACACUCUUUAUGUCGCACAUGCUGAUCGUCUUUGUAUUUCCAACACGUUCGGUGACUCGCGCCGUGAGGCCGACGACUGAGUUUAGAAGGAAUACACUUUUACCUAAAAAAACAAAAUUGACCGGAAUUUAUCCAAAUAUCAUGGCCCAGCACAGACGAAAAGUGCAGGUUAGCUUUCGCUAAACAGAACAGGUAAUGCGAGAACGCGAUUUUUUUCCGUGACAUGCAACUUAGUCAGUAAGUGCACACAUAUGUGGGGUAAUUAAACCUGAUAAAAAACACUUUCAGUUAAUCAAGUAAUUGCUUUCCUGUGUUAAGUUAGAAAAAUGCCCAUUAGGGCCUAGAUGGGGGAAUAACAGCUCAGUUCCAACAGCUUCUUUCGUGAUCACUGUGUGGAAAACGAACCCAUAAUCUUUCCCUUUGGAAGUAAAGCGAGUCAAGCUUCUGUUACCUAGGCGACGGACUUCUGGGAAAGGUCCAGAUUCCGAGGAAUGAUCUGAAAUUCUAGAAACAAAUUAUUCCGCCUCCACCACGCUCUACCCCAACCCUCGAGACGGCUUCCUACGUCGCCUCAAGAAGUCCCCCCUACGACUGAAUUAAGGUUUCACUCCUGUUAAUGACCCACAUUUUCAAGAUUGCGAAAAGCUGAUAACGUCAGCUCUUUAAAACAAAGGUUGGACAGAGUGCUUUAAAGCAUUGGAAAUACCGCUCUCGACGAUAAAAGGUAAUAUCCUCGAGACGAAGGAAGUACCCGCCUUAGUGAUAAGUAGGGAGUUCGGGAUCAUCCUCAUGAACUGUAACGCCUUCUUUGGGGCAUGUCGACACCAGUGCGGUGAACAGGAAAACACUUUGCCUGGCUUAUACUUUCUGAAGAUCAUCCGUAAUCUUUUUAUCAAUAAUAUGUCAGUAUAUUCUAAGGGUAAUAGGCAAUGCCUUUAAAAACCCUAUUGUAAACGGUACAUGAAAUAUCUCACUAUAAAUAAACACCGUACUGAAAUGCUGUCAGUAAUAUAUGCACUUAACAGAAUAUUUUCCGUUGAGGCUGCAGGACCGAAGCUCAAACACAUUCAGUUGUAGAUGAUAUCGGUAAAAUGCAAUGACAGUCAUCCGCAUUAGCGGUAGGUGUAUGCGAGGCGUUGGUUUCGCGCCACAGAGCUGUUCUGUCCAGACAAGCGGUAUUGUCCAAGCAAAUAUACAUCUAGUCUUUGCUUGAACGUCUCCGUGGUAUCCGCCAUUAUUACGUCCUCAGGAAGCCCGUUCCAGGCACCGACAACUCGCUGUGAAAAACAGAAUCUUUGAACGUCCAGGCGGCAUCGGGAUCCUCUAAGUUUUAGGGAGUUUCCAAGCAGGUUUGUUGUUGUGGCCAGGGUGAAGAAAUCGUCCAGGUGUGGGGCACAGUCCCGGUUCCUCAAUAUCCGAUAGGCCUGUAUGAGAUCAGUCAGUGUCUUUUAUGUCACCGUACGGACUUCCAAAGUUGCUUGAAAGCGUUGCUUCCAUCUUUAUGGACGAUUAAUUAGUAUUUUCCGGCGAAUGGGACACUGCCAAUGUCGUUUCGUGCCAACAGCUUGUGUCCAACUUAUUCCGGCCACUAACAGUGCUGCUCCGGUAGCCCUUGUUUGAAAUGACUUUUAUUAGUUCAAUCAGGCUUUUCCAUUUAAAGGCUUCACGACCGGCAAUGCGAAAAUUCGAACGAUACAUUGGAGCCUUAACUCUACUCUCUUCCAGUUUUUUUUUUCGCAUCAAACAGCGAAUUGGCAUUCGUUGUGAAAUAUCCGUCGAAAUUAGGCAACCAUUGGCUGAACUCUCUGCAUGCGUUUUUAAGCACAAAUGAUUACUUACUUGGUCUUAUAAAACUAACAGUAUGGAGGGUGCGUUCACCGACCGAGUUACGGGCCACGCUGGAUCCGUUGUGCCUUAAGGCCCAGUAUAGAACUUUUUGGGGCCAGUUAUACAGCGACUGAAGCAGACAAGGGAGGACCGAAUCAUUACUUCUGGCCUAUCAGCCGUCAUCAUUUAGCCUUGCUAAAAACCCAGGUAGUCCACACCUGAGUCUCAAACCACUGAACCGUGGGCUCGUCAUGUAGCGUCCGAAAUUAUUGCACGCGCGAUGGCAUGCUGCUUUUCGUCUAAGAAGCUCCCCAGCACCUCGCUUUGCUUCCACAAGUUUCAGCGCCUAUACCAAUGCUUCCAAGAAAGAAGGCACCACUAACUCUUCGCCGUCUUGCUCACGUUCCACCCAUGGAACCUAAACACCAAUGAGUGCCUUAGUAAAACCGUCUUUUCCGAUAUCGGAUUCCACUGAACAAAGCAUAUCUGCUGAGUAUCGCAUUUUGGUUUCUAUUUAUCGGAAUAUCACUUGGUACUACUUAAGGAGAGCAAUAAAUAUUUCCACAGAACUGGUCUAAAUGAUGUAACUUCGGCCAGGGAUUCCUCAACUCUUCUGGGCAGAAAGUGGUCAUGACACUUUGUUGACUUGGGUUGGUAACCCAUUCUAGAGCAUGAUUUUACACCAUCAAUGUUAUCUAUGUGACGAACCAAAGACUACCCCGUGAACAGGAGUUUCGUUUGCUUUUUUGAUGAAACAGGGAUCAGCACAAGGUCCUUGAGGAGACGAUUGAACAAAAAAAUGAAGUUGACGCCCUAUACACCGAACUCAAGCGUUCUUCUACGCCGAGGUAAGUGAUCACUGUUUUAUAGCACGUUUCGUGUACAUUUAUGAAUCAAGUGCUUUCGAAAACAUUUAGAAGAUUAUGUAAUAGAAUUAACCAGUCGGGGCCCAUUUCUAGGACAGGAUUUAGAUGGAGCCUGUCACUCAAAUUAUUAUUUAGUAACGUCAUAGAAAGGAAAGCUUUGGUUUGACGAUCGUUAUGUUUCGGCUCAUUUCGAAUGUUUCUUAACCAAUGGGUACUGUAGCAAAACUCUGAUACUGAAUUCUGAAGACACUGUCAGUUCCCAAAAGAGUCAUCUUCAACAAUACCACCUCCAUCACAAGCAUCACGUCCCUCUUGUUAUGACGACGUGAGCUGCAGAUUCCCGAAUAAAAAGAGAAUAGUUUGACCUUUCUUCUAAAGGAAUGAGUAGCAUUUUCUUUCCAUUGCUAACUACAAUCCUUUUCGCGCAAAAAUGCCAGGAAUACCUUUUAUCGUCUCUUAUACAGCCAAAGUAUUCCAGUCGCGCUGGCAUCCCGACAUUCGAGCGAAUUUCUUAUCGGCCGCCCACAUAAAUUAUAUUUCGCGAAAAUUGACUACCCAAAUGUCAUUAAAUUUUCUCAUUGAUUUUCGAUGCCCUUAUAGAUUCAAACGUAUUUUACAGAAAACAUGCAUAAAAAUACUUUUUUCUAUUACUUAUUCGAUAGCAAAUUGCGUCUUCUUCGGAUGUUAUACUUUAAGAAAGAGUAUCUUCCAAUUUUCAAAACCUUCUCAAUUCCCGAAUAAUUUUGAUCCCGACCUGUCGGCACACUUGCAUUCAGGGUUUCUAAGCUUCAAACUGCAUAAUUUUCGUCUGAAAUAUCCUAUUUUUCUACAUGCUUUUAUGAAGAGGUCAUAAAUGGCUCAUAAAAUUUUGUAAUGGAUAUAGACCCAGUUGUCUAUUUUAGGGGCCACGCUAAUAAGCAUACUGAUGUGAUGCCGUAUGAUCGGACAUUUCACGGUCUUGAAAAUCUCAUAGUGGGAAACUUUUAAAACCGAAUAAUACGCUUUUCAGGUGCAAAAUUUGAAAAAAAGCGUAAUCUGCUAUCAACUGGGUAAACUAAGAAAUAUUUUUGUGCAUGUUUUCCACUGCAGCUAUUAGAAUUUAUAAUUGCAUCAAAGAUCAAUGGAAAAAAACUAAUACUAUAAAAGUAGUCAUUUUUUGCCGAAUGUAGUCGACGUAGGCGACUGAUAAGAAGCUCGUUCGAAAGCUGGUAUCCUGACACGAUUGGAAUAUCUUGACAUUAUGCGACACGAUAAUUAACAUGACAACCGUACUUAAGUAAUCUUUUCAGACUGAAAAUGUAUUUCAGAACUCCGGUUAGUAUUUCAUGAGUCCAAUGCAAGUCUGAAUCUGAGACAUGGUCUAAUUUCUAUACGGUAUUAAGAGAAGGCUAUAUCGGGUUCAGAAAAUUAAAUAGUCGAUUUGAACCAUAUUGUAAACUUUAAAAGCAACACUAGUAAACGCAGAGACACUGUGUUUUAUGAACGGACAUUUGGCGCUCUUAAAAAAUUCCAUAAUCAGAGACCUUUUCAAAACCGAAUUAUACUCUUCUUUCAAGUAUGAAAUAUGAAGACGACGUAAUUUCCCACCAAAUGAGUAAGGGAAGGGAUAUUUUACCAUGUUUUCCAUGAACGUUACUUCGAUUUAUAGGAGCGCCAAAAAUAAAUGAGAAAAUUCUAUAUAAUAUAAGAAGUCAUUUUUUACCGAGUGUAGUUUUUGAUGGUGGCCGAAAAGAAGUUCGUUUAAGAGCUAACAUUCCGAAGUAACUGAAUUAUUAUGGGAUUAUGCUUUACAGGAAUUAAUCUUACAACCCCAUCUAAGCAAUAUUUUCGAAUCGAACACGCAUUUCAGAAUUUCGGUUAACAAUUCAUGAGCUAGCACAUCUACUGUACACUAAUCUCUUUAAAAAUUGCCGGAAUAAUCUCCAGUCGAGAAUCAGCAUAUCACGGCUUGCAAGUUAACCUGGGUUAUUUUCUAAAUUAAUCAAUGUUACAGUAGGAUUUAGGGGGUUUGUUUAAAAUGAAAGCACGACUAAGAAUUUAGCUGGGGUUGUCAUCGUCGUCAUCAUCAUCAUCCUAACAGUUGAAAAUGUUAAUGAAAAGAGGCAAGGUCGUUAGCUGGCGCAAGAACUAUAAAGAUCCGGCGUUACAGGGUUAUGUCAGUAUCCUUUGCUAGAAAGACCAUGAUUGGUCAUAAGAUGGAGUCUGUUGACGUAUAGGGAGUGAAUCCUGCGUUCAUCAUAGACUGCUGAUUUUGGUAGAUGUGUGCGGUCAAGUAGCAAACAAGCGCAUCAAUCUUGCGUCCCUUGCGAGUCUGCUGCGUGGGUCUAUUGAUGUCCCUGGCUAUGGUCCCAAGAAUGAAGCCAAGAGGACAGCCUAUUAAUGCUCUUGUUUCAGCAAUCAAACCUAUUUUUCGAAACUCGCCUUUCCUAACACGCGAUUCCCUGUUACCACGUUAUGCAACGAGCAGUUAUACGUGGAGACUCUCAAGUACCAUACCACAAACAAUAUCCUUUGCGAUGAACGCCUAAGGAAGGUCCGCCACCCAAGGUUCUGCUGUCACAAGAAGACAUUAAAUCAAGCAAGCAGGCGCUCGGACGAUGUCAUAUAUAGUACAGUAACUGACCUAUCUCACGAAGUUCUGAAAUUUGAUUUCGGUUAAUUGGGAUUACUUAGGUUGGGUGAUAAUAUUGGCUAUCGUGCAGCAUAAGCCCAAGGUUGUCUGGUCGCGCCGGGAUGUCGGCCUUUGAACGAGUUCCUGUUCGGCCGCCUGAAAAAAUUAUACUCGUUAAAAUGACCACUUCAGUAGUAUGCCUUUUAUUGAUUUUUGAUGUUCUUAUAAGCCUACUUAUAUUUCACAGAAAACAGGAACAAAAAAUCUUUCUUACACUCAUUAGGUAGCACCCACCACUAAAACAGCAGUACCUACAUCACCGCAACCAAAACCAAUCCUGUAGCUCCCAACCUAUCCCAACCUCUCACCUCACGCAAUCGGUCUGGUCGGUCACUCGCAAAUCCAUCCCACGAAGACUGGCGAACCAGUGCCUGAAACAGCGAUGUUCAGCAGACACACUCACAUAAACUGUCUGAAUUGCCUUCACACAUUCAUUCACCGCAUGGGCUUAUUCGGUCACAUGCGCAUUCACGAAAACCUGCGGUAAAUCACCGCAGAGAUGAUCACAUCACCAACACAUGCAUCACACAUUCGCCCCUCCGAAAUCCCACAUCAUUGGCACCAGGAUCAAUUGCAGGCUCACGGUGUGCCAGUUGGGAUCCGCGACACACCCCAUUUCCGUUAUGGUAUAAAAUCCUGUUCAGUGUCCGUUUUUGACCAGUGGGUGUGGCGGUGAGUCUAGGUGCGGGUUUUCGCCAUGCCAACCACUUGCGCCCCCCCCCCACCUCCGAUCUUCUUAGCUCUGUCAUGGAACCGGACCCAGGUUGGGGAUGCCGGGGAAGUGCAAUAGAUGCUUUGCAAGUCACCCUUUCGCCCUCACCCUGUUGUGGGGCACACGGUAGGCAUCGUCGAAGUCAGUAGUCCAGCUGUCAGGUCCCACAGACAUGAACCAAAAUUUCACAGAACCAGGAGUGCGGUUUGGGUCUCAUCCGAGUGGGAGUGCCAUAGAGGUCAUAUCAUGACCCGCUGUGUGGGCAAUUGGGACCACCACCAACACAGUCUGCAUCGUCUCCAGCAGAGGUUGUUGACAAGAGUGGAACGAUUGUCUCAUCUUCCUUUUAGACCCGCCUGGAGAGAUGCGGUCUGCAGCCUGCCCGGUGGAAAAAAGUACUGGAAGCAGCUCGCCCCCCUGAAGUCCUCCAAGGAACGACUUCAAGCGCUGCUUCGAGAAUUCCUAAAUGAAAGCGAAGGCGAAAACCGCAGUUCCCGGGUAAGCAUGAGCAGUUCUCGUCUUUCUGAAAGUGCUCGACUAUGGCCAAGCCGAAGCUGAGCGAAAAGUGAAAACUUCUUUAUGCAACCACGCACGCGCCGAGUUAUGCCGAUGGCUAUUUUGAUGAAACUACAGGCAUCCAACAGCAUUGUUUAUGGCGCAGACUUCUGUGAUUCCUCAAUGCGCAUUUAUAUUGAUUCUACGAAUUUUUUUUAUCAAAAACUGUAAACUGAAGAUUUCUAAUAAAAUUUAAUUUUCCAACUUAUGAAGACUCACCUUUCAAAUACUGUCAAGAGCGGAUGCAGAAAGCCAGUUUACAGUGUUCAAUCCUUAACAGGCCCAGACACCAGCUAAGAGCGCCUACACGUGUUACGUCGAUUAUAUGUUAAGCUUCUUACUUUCCUCAAAAACUUGGGAAAAUCUUCAGCACAAACCUUCUCAGGCCGAGCCCGAAAGUUAACGUGAGUAUCUCGGGUGAUAUCCAUCACCCAUAACAGAACAACCAAAUAAUAUUCACAAGAUGCCAACAGACAGUCAGUAGUAUGUAAUUAUUUAUCAGUUAACCAUACUGUUUGCGGGGUACUGGCAAAGAUCCAAGACACGCGUUUCGCCGACUUUGUGCGCUGCGCGACUUGGCUGUCAGAAAUUUGACUCGUCAUUGGGUUCCACAUUGGGCUUUCUGGUAUAUGCUUCAGUUUUAGGCUUUUUAAUUUCUCCUAGCGCUAAUGUGCGAACUAGGAAUAAAUCCAAGCAGCGCGGUGGGUUUGAAAUGCUGCUAUUUUCCCUCUUCAGUCAGCUUUUAAGGUCGGUAAAUGACGUCGGGAUGGAGUUUCUAAAUAGGGGUCACAGUAUGGACCCUACGCUCUCAACUGUUAUUGGCUGUUCCCCGUAUAGACAGGGCGCGGUGGUAAAGCUCCUAAGUAGACGGUUAUUCUGAUAGGACUCUCUACCAGCUUUAAAAUCCUCCUACUCUUACAUUUUAGUAGAAAGGUAUUUUAAGACGAAACGGGGGGUGAAUACUGAAUCCGAAGAAAAACCCGACGAGACGACCGAAGGUGUUGGUUCCUGAUCAUUUUUUUUUCAUUUUUCAUUGUGAAUAGUUUUCUUACGUUAUGUUCAUUUGGAAGGUUAUGCCCAUUUUGAUCGUUAUCAGUUCCUCAUUAAUGUUUAUCUGUUGGUAAAUGACGCUAGUGUGUAUUUCAUGUCGUAUCUUUCAGGGAACCGACUCGGCAGUACCGACGAUACUGCGCAGCUCUGAACCCGUACUACAGCGCGCACUUCCUAUACGGGACCUGCUCCUGCUAGUCGAAGAUAUCUGGACGAAAAGAAAGACACAACUCACAGAAUUCCUCGUAAGUCGAACUUUAUUACGCACAUGGUUCUCUCUGCCCACUUGAAACGAAGUCCAAGUACCUCACAGAUGAUCUCUCAGGCACCAAACGAUUUUUAUUGUCAUUUAUUGAAAAAAAACAACGUUACCUUCCGGUAUUCCCAGCAGUUAAUUGGCGUGGGCACUUUGGCCUUAGAUGACUGAAGAUUGUCCUCUUGGUUACGAGGGAAUUUUUCUUUAGAUUAGGACUUCCAGCAUGUAGAGUCAAUUUUACGGGAAAAAUAAACCAAUUGUUUGGUGCCAGAGAGGUCAUCUUUGAGAUACUUGGAUUUAAUCCUAACCGCGAGGCAAAUCCUCAGCCAUCUUAAGUCAAAGGUGCUCACGCCACUUAACUAUUAGGGAUACCGGAAGGUAAUGUCUUUUUCCAAUAAGUGGCAAGAAGAGUGUUAAACUGCAAUAAUUUAUUUUAAAAUCAGUAACGUGGUCGCCAUAAAUAUCAGUCACUGUUGUCCAUCCUGACGUUAAGUUUUCGAUACCGCCUUUGCAAAAGCAAAUUUGUUUGGAUGCAAAGAGUUCCAACAGUUCAGUUUUGACACCAUUGGCACUUCAAAAGGUUUUUUCGGUCAGCUAGUACUGCAGAGAUGUGAAAAAAUGACACUCAUUUGGCUUACGACCAGGUGAAGAGAAUGGAUGGGGCAAAGGUUUCCACCCUAACUUUUAGGUCUUGAACUGAGUCUGCCGGGAUAAACACAGAACAGCACCCUUUCCACGGCAAAUGAAUGCUUGACGAUACUGUAGGUCUACUGUUAUGGUCUGGCUUUGUUCCAAUAGCACAGAGUGAAGUAUGCCUGCCAUAUUUCAAAAAUAGGUCGAAUGGUGUUACCGACAAAGACAUGGGAGACUGGAGUGGCCAUUUCCGGCUUAUUAGUCAUCGUCAGCCAGUUGUACCCAACCCCGAAGUGUUGAACAGCUGGGGCUUGAUCGCCCGACCUGUUAGUUAGAAGUCCAUCGCCCCUAACCACUGAACUACGGGUUCGUUGUCUUGUGGCAAGACUUUCUUACAGUAUGGGCUUAUCUCAACUCAGAAACUGGUGUCUGGCCUGUGAAAAGCCCUCGGUGUUGUUUGGAUCGGUUAUUAACUUAAAGAAUACAUUUUUCAUCGCAAGUGACGACUCGAGGAACGAACGGUUCCCCUCUCCAGUCUGCUUAGCAGAGCGUUACCGGUAGUUUUGUUUUCUAUCAAAAGUUGGUGUCCUUGUGACCAAACUUCCUCGUCCUAUCUAUCACUUGUUCUUUUGAACAGUAGAUCACGACGAACCUAAUUUUUUUGAUAAUUUCUCGAUGAUUUGACGAAGAUCUGCCUCAAAAUCAUUAGGCAUCUCCACUGGUCUUCCCAGACAAAGAGCAUCACAGAGGCCGAAGUGCCCGAUCGAACCAACGCUGGCACUUGUGUCCAUCUGAAGCACUCAGAUAAACAUCACACAUUGUUUUGGUGGCGGUUGCUGUGUCGUUUCCCUUGCGCAAUUCAUACAGCAUAUGAUUAGCACGACAACCUUCGGAUUUUAGGUCUCCUAUUAUUGAGACCAAAUCCUACAAAAAGAAAAUUUGCAUUCAAAAUCUAAACAGGAGACCUAACUCAUUCGCAAAAGACACACAGUUCAAAUUGGGCAUAUAUAAACACUUUGAAUAUAGCAUUAAGGAUAAGAACAUGAAAAAGACACCGCUUGCUGGCACCUUAAAUACUUUCGUGGCAACGAUGUGGAGAAGGACCCUAGUUAACUGACGUCAAACUGUGGAUCACGUCAUAUGGGCUUUUAUCACUCAAACUCUUUUGUUUUUUAAAGUUUACUUUUUGUUUAUUUUUCAUAACCGCAGUCAUUUCUGCUGUCGUACGAAACAGUGUGACGAGUCUUUCGGGAGAAACCCAAACAAUUUUUGCGUUCUCCCGCAUUUUGUCAGCUUACUGUCUAGUACGCUGCCUCACCCGCAAAACUCCCCUUACAACCAAUCACGUAUGGCACGAUCCACCGUCAGCCGACAGUAAAGUGGUGUCCUUCUCCAUACGGCUGCCCUUUAAGUAAGUUACUACUAGUAUAAAAAGAAAUGUUCAGGCUAAAAUCAAUAGUCACAUCAACAAAAUCUCUUCUGCAGGCGAAUGCGCAGACACCGGAUGCGAAAUAUCAAAGUGGAACGAGGAGAAUUUGAAAAGAGAAAAAAAAUUCAAAUUGAAGUUCAGGAGGAUACAGUAGAUGUGUUAUCACGUUAAAUGUUAACUAAAAUUCUGGAAGCCGUUGUCGACUAGAAAGGGUUACUUAGGUAGAGUUGCGAUAGUAAUUAUCUUGCAGUAUAAUCCCGCCACGAUGCCGUCUUCGAAUAAGGUUCUUGCCAACCACCUCCAAAAAUACACUACUUACGUGGUGUUUACUUUUCCCAUUGAUUUUCGAUACUCUUAUAAAUUCAAACAUAUUUUAUAGAAAACAUGCAAAAGUACAUUUUGUUAUCGCCUUUAUGUGACAAAAACUUCGCCUUUCUCCAAAUUUAUGCAUUAAGAAAGGGCAGUUUUCUGUUUUCAACAAUUUCAAAUUAUGAGGUUUUUAAAGAUCGCAAAACAUCCAUUAAUAAAGCAUCACAUAUAUAUCCUGUGUACCUACUGGAAUGCAAGCAGCGUUUGGCGGGCCCUUUUAAUCACAAGACUACUCAAUGUGUGUUUACUGAGGUCAAGUUAAUAGCUUUAUUCACAUCUUUUGCAAGAGCACUUCUGAUACUCAUGGAAUAUACGAACGUAUUUGGGACAAGUAAAACACCUUUUUUCUUUAAGUUCCGAGGAAAUUAAUAGGCGAAGUUAAUCCUUUGGAACGAACCUUUUCAGGCGCGGUCCGAAAUCUGAUAUGAAUAUUUGGGUUAAAAGCCGUCAGUCACUACGAAAUAACCGCGUAAUAUUCACAAACCGUCAACGGGCAGCCAGUAAUACAGAAUUGUGUUAUUAUUUGUCGUACUGACAACACAGGUAUUAGUUUAAAGCUUUAAGCUAGUAUCGAUAUUGUUAGUACGACAAAUAAUUACACAAAACAGCAUGUGCCCAAGCCUAAAAAUAUGUGGACAUUAAGUUGUGCGUGCAUUCAGGUGGAGCUCUUUAAAAGUGUUUAAAUUAAACCGUUUGGAGCGAAAAUAUUUUAUCUAUAGAGCACCAAAAACCUUCACAUGUAUAAAAGAUGACUUUAUUAAUUAUGUACAAAAGAGCAGGCUGCUUUCAUGUGACUAGGGGAAAACAGCGAUCGACAUGACCUACUGUGGCAUUGGAGUUGUCUAGACGCUUUUUUCACACUUAUCAGCACUGCAAUUCCAAUCAUGUACGCCUUACUAUUUUAAAAUAUAUUUAAGAAGUUAGAUUAUUGGAUCCAGGGAUUCUGCGCAUACCGUAUGGGACAACACGUCCCCUUGUCUUCAUGAGCUUCACUUUGCAUGUGUCAAGACUCUCCGAAUUUAAGUUACUGAAUUGAUGAGCUGGUGACUGCUAAAUUUGGAAAAUCAGAUGUUCCUCACUCGUCAUUUUGUGGAAAAAUCUGCUUAUCUCCAAAAAAAUACGUCUUUUUUUCCCAGCUUCUCGAAACUAUCAUGCCAUUGCUAAUUUCAGGAUAAAUGCGCCCCCGAGGAUGGAUCAGAGCAACCAUCGCUGUCAUCCUUCGAUGAAUUCCUCGCCAACUAUUUCCAGACGAGUUUUGGUCUACCGACACUCCGCAGGGAGUGGGCCUACGCGCUUUACAACAGCGCGGAUUACUACAGCGAAUGCGAGGAAUUAGUUCAGCUUCGGAAGAUUAUCGACAAUCAGGUAUCAUCCAUUUAGUUGUCCUCUUUCUGAGGUGUCUAGCACCGCACAUAUGGUUGCGAGUAUGAUGACGAGUAUGAUGAUGAUGAUGAUGUUGUUGUUGAUGGUGAUGAUGAUGGUGGUGGUGGUGGUGGUGGUGGUGGUGGUGGUGGUGGUGGUGGUGGUGGUGGUGGUGGUGGUGGUGGUGGUGGUGAUGAUGACGACGACGACGAUGGCGACGACGAAGACGAAGAUGACGACGAUGGUGGGCAUGACAUUCCUGGUGGUGGUGGUGGUGGUGGUGGUGGUGGCGGCGGCGGCGGCGGUGGUGCUGGUGCUGGUGGUGGUGUUUUCAGGGAGUUCUCCCUUUUUAGAAUUGCCAAGCCUGCCGGGUUCUGCAAUAACUGA